UGACGCGCGCUGAGGAGGAGGCCGAGAGGAUGCGGGGCGGCGGCGUUGGCGUUGGCGUCUCCUCGUCGGAGGGCUACGGGAGGGGGCCGGGCAAGGCCCAGGGGGGGCCCCGGAAGCCCCGCCCUCCUCCGGAAGCGGCAGGGAGAGUGGUGUUGCUGCCGGAAGCCAUGCGGAAGGAGGCGCCCUCCCGGAGGAAAGUGAAACAGGUCCCGGCAGGGAGGCAGGCGCCCCCAGAGCCCAAGGGCCGACGCCGGAAGAGGGAGCCGCCUCCCUACCCACCAGGGAGCCUGGAAGAGCAGUGGCAGCUGGCCAUCCUGGGCAAGGGCCGGGUCACCUGCCCCAUCUGCAGAGCGGCCACCAGGAAGACGGUGGAGGGGCUGCGGAAGCACAUGGCCAACUGCCAGCAGGAGGUGUUCACCUGCCACCACUGUGGGAAGCAGCUGCGCUCUCUGGCCGGGAUGAAGUACCACCUCAUGGCGGACCACAACAGCCUGCUGACGGGGAAGGAGACGGAGGCGCAGGACAAGCAGAGCCAGCGGGAGCGGCUGCGGCAAGUGCUCAAGCGCCUAGGAAAGCUCAAGUGCACCCGGGAGGGCUGCUCUGGGAGCUUCACCAGCAUUGUGGGGUACCUCUACCACACGCAGAAGUGCGGGAAGGCGGCGGAGGAGCUGGAGACGCUGGUUGCCCGCUGCCCGCACUGUGGCAAGGCCUACCGCUCCAAGGCCGGCCUGGUCUACCACCUGAAGUCCGAACAUGGGCCGGCCCCCUUCCACCGUGAAGACAACCAGGCAGGGGCCCAGAAGGACGCUGGGUCAGAGUCCAGCGGCGGGCGGCGGCUCCAGAGGAAGUCGGCCAAGGUGGCAGCCUACUACCUGCACGAACUGGCCCACGUGGAGCUGGCCAAGGAGUGGCCCAAGAGGAAGGUCCUCCAGGAUCUCGUCCCCGACGACCGGAAGCUGAAGUAUACCCGGCCGGGGCUGCCCACCGUGAGCCAGGAGGUGCUCUGCAAGUGGAGGGCUGAGAUCAAGGCCUACCGCCAGGUCCAGUGCCCCAACCAGGUAAGGACUGUCCCGUUAGGUUGGGGAGGAGGGAGCUGCCAGUUAGGUGAGUUUGUGGCCGGGAAGUACCGGUGCCUCCUGUGCUCCAAGGAGUUUGUGUCCGAGAGCGGAGUCAAGUACCACAUCAACACCGUCCACUCAGAGGACUGGUUCGAUAUGGACGCCACGGUCUCGAGGGGCUUGGCCAAGCGCCGGCGGUCGGAGGAGCCCUCGAGGUCCAAGCAGCGGCAGCACCGGAGGAAGCCCCCCUCCCGCAGCCGGAAGAGGCGCCCCCCCGCGCCCAGGGCGCUCUCCCCGAAGAGGCCCCCCCGCCCAGGACCGGACCCCUGCCAGGCCUCGAGCGCCAAGGCCGGGCGCAUGCGGGGCCCCCCGGGCUCAGGCGGAGAGGGAUGGAGCGCUGGGCACGAGGCCGCCACGGUGGUGACCUUGCCCCUCAAGCUCAGCCACAAGCGCUCCAGGAAGUAGCCCGGACGGACCAUGGAGGGGUGGGGGGGACCAGGAGACUGUGUUUGGAGCUGCUGCUCGACCCGCUGGCUGAGGCCUCGUCCUAGGUCUCCUUCCGUUGAUGCCCCUGAAGCAGCCGGAACAGCAGGACUCUGACCUGGCCCCCUCUCUCUCUCUCCUGCGGGCAGCUUCUCUAUGGCGCCCUCCCCACCGGGACACUGGGGGGGGGAAGCGGGAAAAGGGAGGACUGAAGAGCCCCUCGCUCGCCUUCCUUCCCUGCCAAGACGGGGCCUCCUCUGCUGCAGCCUCUCGGCUUCGUCAUUUCUGGAAGAGACUGCAAGGGUUCCUGUUGCGGCCUUUCCAGGGAGGGGGCAGGGGUAUUUCGGGGGGGUGGGGGGUCAGCAGAAGGAAGGGGAAGCAUGCGGCGCUGCUCUGUUCGCCUGAACUGGUGCAACAAAAGGCUGCCCCCCUACAGCCCCCUCCCUCCAAAUAAAAGGGUGGUAAUUGC